GCUGGAGGUGAAGGAGCCGGUCCGCUCGCUGCCUCCGCUGUCAAUGGCUCUCUGGACCUAUUUUAUGUGAAUGCCCGGGCCCUCAAAGUGACCGAUAAUGGAUAUUCUGUGGAUAUUAUGGAGCUUACCGGCCGUCAUAGCAGUGGAAGAGACACUCAUGGACUCCACCACGGCCACAGCAGAGCUAGGCUGGACGGUCUACCCCGUGUCAGGGUCGAGCGACAACAGCUGGGAGGAGGUGAGUGGUUAUGAUGAAAACAUGAACACCAUCCGGACGUACCAGGUCUGCAAUGUUUUUGACAACAAUCAGAACAAUUGGGUACGGACAAAGUAUAUCCGGCGUCGGGGCGCUCAGCGGAUCCACGUGGAGAUGAAGUUCUCUGUCAGGGACUGCAGUAGCAUCCCCAACGUACCAGGCUCCUGCAAAGAGACCUUUAAUCUCUAUUACUAUGAGUCUGAUUCCGACACGGCCACCCGGACUUCACCAGCUUGGAUGGAGAACCCCUGGAUCAAGGUGGACACCAUUGCAGCCGAUGAGAGCUUCUCCCAGGUGGACCUGGGAGGCAGAGUGAUGAAGAUCAACACAGAGGUCCGGAGCUUCGGUCCAGUGUCACGAAAUGGCUUCUACCUGGCCUUUCAGGACUAUGGUGGCUGCAUGUCCCUCAUCGCUGUGCGUGUCUUCUACCGGAAAUGUCCCCGAAUCAUCACGAACGGGGCGUUGUUCGGGGAGACACUCUCGGGGGCAGAGAGCACCUCCCUCGUUGCUGCAAGAGGUGUUUGUAUCCCAAACGCAGAGGAGGUGGAUGUGCCAAUCAAACUGUACUGCAACGGAGAUGGAGAGUGGAUGGUGCCCAUCGGGCGCUGCAUGUGCAAGUCUGGGAACGAAGCUGUGGAGAACGGGACAGUUUGUCGAGCUUGUCAGUCAAACUUCUUCAAGCCGACUCAAGGAGACGAGCCCUGUUUGCAGUGUCCCAUCAACAGCCGCACCACCAGCGAAGGCGCCACUAACUGCGUCUGCCGCAGCGCAUACUAUCGCACCGACUCCGACCCGCUCCAGAUGCCGUGCACAACUGUCCCUUCAUCUCCUCAGACCGUUAUCUCCAUUGUCAAUGAAACCUCAGUGAUGCUGGAGUGGAUGCCUCCCAGGGACUCCGGGGGCCGCGAGGACGUGGUCUUCAACAUCAUCUGCAAGAGCUGCGGCGGAGGCCGGGGAGGCUGCACCCGCUGCGGGGACAAUGUUCAGUUUCUGCCCCGUCAGCUGGGCCUGACGGAGACCCGGGUCUACAUCAGUGACCUGCUGGCCCACACGCAGUACACGUUUGAGGUGCAGGCUGUCAACGGGGUGUCAGAUCAGAGCCCCCUCUCCCCCCAGUAUGCCUCUGUCAACAUUACCACUAACCAGGCUGCUCCGUCUACUGUAUCAAUAAUGCACCAGGUUAGUCGCACUGUGGACAGCAUCACCCUCUCCUGGUCCCAGCCCGACCAGCCCAACGGCGUCAUCCUGGACUAUGAGCUGCAGUAUUAUGAAAAGGACCAGUCAGAAUAUAACUCUUCCACUAUCAGGAGCCAGACCAACACAGUGGUCAUCCGUGGCCUCAAGCCAGGGAGCAUCUACGUAUUCCAGGUCCGGGCCCGCACCGUGGCCGGGUUUGGACGCUACAGCGGCAAACUGUACUUCCAGACCAUGACUGAGGAGGAAUACAACACCAGCAUUCAGGAGAAGCUUCCUCUCAUCAUUGGAUCGGCAGCUGCUGGUUUGGUUUUCCUCAUCGCUGUGGUCGUCAUCAUCAUCGUCUGCAACCGGAGGCGUGGCCUCGACAGGGCCGAUUCGGAGUACACGGACAAGCUGCAGCACUACACCAGCGGCCACAUGACUCCAGGAAUGAAGAUUUAUAUUGAUCCGUUCACAUAUGAGGACCCCAACGAGGCUGUGAGGGAGUUUGCCAAGGAGAUUGAUAUAUCCUACGUGAAGAUUGAACAAGUCAUUGGUGCAGGAGAGUUCGGGGAGGUGUGCAGUGGAAAUCUAAAGCUGCCGGGUAAAAGGGAAAUGUUCGUGGCCAUUAAAACUCUCAAGUCGGGCUACACGGAAAAGCAGAGGCGGGACUUCCUGAGCGAGGCCAGCAUCAUGGGCCAGUUCGACCAUCCCAACGUCAUCCACCUGGAGGGAGUGGUCACCAAGAGCAGUCCUGUCAUGAUCAUCACCGAGUUCAUGGAGAAUGGAUCUCUGGACUCCUUCCUCAGGCAAAACGAUGGUCAGUUUACAGUGAUCCAGCUCGUUGGUAUGCUGCGCGGCAUCGCCUCGGGCAUGAAGUACCUCGCCGACAUGAACUACGUGCACCGUGACCUCGCCGCCCGAAACAUCCUGGUCAACAGCAACCUGGUGUGCAAGGUGUCCGACUUCGGCCUCUCGCGCUUCCUGGAGGACGACACGUCAGACCCUACCUACACCAGUGCUUUGGGUGGGAAGAUCCCGAUCCGAUGGACUGCACCUGAAGCCAUCCAGUACAGGAAGUUCACCUCGGCUAGUGACGUGUGGAGCUACGGGAUCGUCAUGUGGGAAGUCAUGUCCUACGGAGAGAGGCCUUACUGGGACAUGACCAAUCAAGAUGUAAUCAACGCCAUCGAGCAGGACUACCGACUGCCUCCGCCCAUGGACUGUCCCAGCGCGCUCCACCAGCUCAUGCUGGACUGUUGGCAGAAAGAACGAAACAACCGGCCCAAGUUCAGCCAGAUCGUCAACAACCUGGACAAGAUGAUCCGCAAUCCCAACACGCUAAAGGCCAUGACUCCACUAUCUUCAGGUGUUCAUCUGCCUCUCCUGGACCGCAGCAUCCCCGACUUCUCCAGCUUCAGCACUGUGGACGAGUGGCUGGACGCCAUCAAGAUGGGCCAGUACAAAGACAACUUCGCCAGUGCAGACUUCUCUACAUUUGAUGUGGUGUCUCAGAUGACCAUGGAGGACAUCCUGAGGGUUGGUGUGACAUUAGCGGGCCAUCAGAAGAAGAUCCUGAACAGCGUCCAGAUGAUGCGGGCACAGAUGAACCAGAUCCAGUCGGUGGAGGUUUGACCCUUCCAAGCAGAGUGGAGGCGGAGGGGGGGGGGAGAGAAGUCGGGAUGCAGGGUUCUGGGUGCAGAGGGUGGAGUGGAUGUUUUUUCUCUUUUUUUAUUUUGCGUGACAGUGCGUCUGGUCCUCCCACCAGACUACCAUUCAUCCCUCGUUCCCCUCUCCACCUCCCUCUCUCCUCCUCUCAUCCCCUCACCCUGACUCUCCCUCCAUCCUUGGAAUUGGAACUCCAUGUGACGGGGCGUCAGACGGCCGUCCCACCUCUGGAGCCUGAAACACGGGAGGUUAGAAGUGACCAGCUACACCUUCUUUUCUUUUUUUUUCUUUUUUUUUUAAACUUCCACGAAUUUUAAUUUGAUGUUGAACAUUUUAUUGUUUUGGUUUCAUUUUUGUUUUUCCUGCUAAUUUUUGUAAAGAAUUUUUUUUAAAGAAAAAAAAACUGACGAAAAGGUAACAAGGAGUUUAUCUACAUUUAUAGAUGAUAUAAGGUUGUUACACUAGAUGAACUGAGUAGGAAAGCUACCCUUUAAAAGGGCAAAAAAAAAUAAAAAAGAAUCAAAGAAGAGUUGAGGAAAUCGUCCUCGAGGAGACGGUCUUUGUCGUUUUUAGUUUUUUGGACAUCAUGAGGAGACGGAGUUCUCUGUGGCCUCUGGGACGAGGAGGACAGCGAGGGACCCAACGUGCACUUCCACCUGUUUCCACCAGGAGAGAAAAUACAAUAAAAAGAAAACGGACAACUUUUGACACAGACUGAUGUCAAAAACAACUUCAUUCAGACUGAUCAACAAUCAUGAAAAAAGAAAACACAAAAAAAAGGAACAAAAAAAAGUAUUGCAAGUAAUUUUUCUAUAUUGUGUGAAAUUUUGUGACGGAGUUUUUCCCUCUCACCAUGCUUCCUUCUCACGAUAGACCAGUUUCUUUUGUUUUUCAUUUGUUUUUUUCUUUCACGGUGAAAUAUUCACAGCCUGCCAAAUAGAACUCUUCCCUGUCUUUGCACCCCCAACCCCAACAACCCCCCCCCCCCCCCCCCAUCAUGGUCCUGUACUGUAAAUAUCAGAUGCACUUGAAACCCGUCGGAACGGGACGACUCAGAGACGUUGGAGUUGAUCAGUACAGGAAGCAGACGAGCCGAGGAUUUCUGUUUCCGAUUUUGUGGGAAAAAAAAAAGUUGUUUGUGGAAAAAA